UCGGAAGUCAGUCGCAGUUGAGGUUCGAAAGUGGCAGCACAGGUUCUGACACAACAGCCAUCAUGGUGAAGAAGAACAGCAGCGUGUGGUCAACGGUAGUUUGUUCCGUUUUGGGGUUGGUGGUUCUUUUUGGAGGAGCUGUCCGGGCGGCAUCCGUGGAGUACGGGAGUUUGGACGACGAGGACGAUCGGUCCUGGAGAAUUGUGGGUGGGGAGGACGCCAAGGAGGGUGCGGCACCGUUCCAGAUUUCCCUGCAGACGUCCUUCGGGCACAACUGUGGAGGGGCCAUCAUUGCCGAGCGGUGGGUGCUGACCGCGGCGCAUUGCAUUGCUGGCCGCAAACCAAGCGAGCUGAAGGUCCUCGUUGGAACCAACAACCUCAAGGAUGGGGGCGAAAAGUUCGAGGUCGAUUUCAUCCUGCAGCACAGCCGGUACAACAAACCGUCGUACCACAACGACAUUGGCCUGGUCCGGUUGGCGUCCAAGCUGACCUUUAGCGACCGCAUCAAACCGGUCGAGUACGCGUCGGAGUACGUGCCGGACAAUGCCACCGUCACGCUGACCGGCUGGGGACGUCUGUCCGCGGGUGGAGUGGCACCGAGUCAGCUGCAGACGAUCGACCUGCUGAACGUGGACCACGACCGGUGCAAGCAACUGCACGGCAACGAUCCCAGCGUGGACAUUGGCCAUCUUUGUACGUUUACCCGGGCCGGGCAGGGCGCGUGCAAUGGUGAUUCUGGUGGUCCUCUAACCUGGGAGGGAAAGCUGGUGGCACUGGUCAACUGGGGAAUUCCGUGCGGUCGUGGCUAUCCGGAUGCUCACGCCAGGAUCUCCUACUAUCACGACUGGAUCCGCACAAACGUGGCUAACAAUAGUGAAUAGUGAACUUUGUGAUGAGAAUUUGAUGAAUAAAAAGAUUUUAAACAGUUGAAA